GGCUCCAAACCCUGAACCCAUCGUCCCAUCCCAAGCAAUCAGCAAUCCGAUCCCCUCUUCCUAGCCACUAGUCAAGGAGUCAGUCAGUUCACCCCCUUAGCCAGCCAGAGGUAGACGACGACGAUGGCGUCGGCGUCCACCAACAAGGCCUCCUCGGCGGCGGCCGUGCUCGCGGCGGUGCUGCUCGUCGCGUCGGCGGCGUCGGCGCAGACGACGCACGACACCUGCGCCAAGAACAAGAAGAUCACGGUGCAGAACCUGUGCGCGCACGACGUGGCGCUCACGCUGGAGCCGCUGGCCAACAGCCCGCACCUCUUCAACGGCGCGCCGACGUACACGCUGCGGCCGCACAGCCACGCCGAGUUCCCCGUGUGCUGGUGGACGGGGCGGCUGCACGCGCCCGGCGCGCCCACCGCCGAGUUCCACGUCGGCGUCGACGGCGGGUCCUUCUACCUCACUGCCAACAAGCGCCAGCCGGGGCUGGCCGUGCCCGUCAUCGUCUCCCCGCACGGCGCGCCGCUGCAGGGUGAGUGCCCCGCCGUCGGGUGCCCCGUCCAGGGAGACUGCUCCGCGGCGCAGGUGCCCGGCGGGAAGUGCCGCAACGUCCAGGAGAUCAAGGUCAUCUACUGCAGCCCGCGCGUGUGAAGCAUGCGCGCGCCGGCCGGCGGCUCGAGCUCCAAGAAGAAGUCCGGCCAUGGUCGUCGGGUGCUAGCUGCAUGCUGCCGUACGUCGGUGUCGUUGUCGUCGUCGUGUUCGUUCGUUCGUUCGUUCGGAUCGGAUUAGCCGGUCGUUUGCUUUAAUUAGACUGGAUUAGUAGGAGUCGCCGCUGCAGAUUGCUCAGCUCAGCUCAGGUCGAUGUGAGGGAGCGAGCGAGCGACGCGUGAGUGUGUCAGAUCCUCAGAUGUGUCGUCGUGUCCUGUGGGUGUUUGUCGGGAGCGAGCCACUCGUUUCUCUGCUGUGUGUUCGUCGCGUCGAGCCAGUAAUAAUUAAUUCUAGCUAUGGAAAUGCUGAUGCGUGCUUUCAGUCC